CUUAUCCAACUAACUUUCUCUCUCUUCGGCCAUUUCUCCGCCGAUUCAGCAUCCGCGUCACCGCUAUCGGCACCUCUUAUCUCGUCGCGAUUCCCUAUACAUCUUCUUCUUCUCUAUCCCCCAUUAAAGCCCUGGGCUUUUGCUUCUCUACCUCAAAGUCAACAACUUCUCUGCUCCCUUGAGUCUCGCCGCGGAUCUUGACUUUGUUCUUGUUCGUGUUGAUUCUGUUCCGAUUGAUCACUUCUGGUUCAGUGAAGCAUAGAUCAUAUCUGAAGUCUUUUUGUUGCCGGAAGAGAUGGAUAUAAGUAAUGAGGCCAGUGUUGAUCCAUUUUCGAUCGGGCCAACAUCCGUUGUGGGUCGGACAAUAGCUUUCAGAAUCUUGCUUUGCAGAUCCUUGUCACAGCUUAGACAUGAUCUCUUCCGGUACUUGUUGAGUUUCUUCUAUAGAUUUAGGGAGGUGUUAUCGCCAUUUGUGUCAUGGUUUCAUCCCCGGAACCCGCAAGGGAUAUUGGCAGUGAUUACCGUUAUCGCAUUUUUGUUAAAACGGUACACGAAUGUAAAAGCCAAGGCUGAAAUGGCUUACCGGAGGAAGUUUUGGAGGAACAUGAUGAGGACAGCUUUGACAUACGAGGAGUGGUCUCAUGCUGCUAAGAUGUUAGAUAAGGAGACACCGAGGUUGAAUGAAUCUGAUCUUUACGAUGAAGAACUGGUGAGGAACAAGCUUCAGGAGCUUCGUCAUCGUCGUCAGGAUGGGUCACUUAGAGAUAUCAUCUUUUGCAUGAGAGCCGAUCUCGUCAGAAAUCUCGGUAAUAUGUGUAAUUCCGAGCUUCAUAAGGGUAGACUUCAAGUUCCGAGGCUCAUUAAAGAUUACAUUGACGAGGUUUCUACUCAGUUGAAAAUGGUUUGCAAUUCUGAUUCAGAGGAGCUCUCUUUAGAAGAGAAACUGGCCUUUAUGCACGAAACCCGCCAUGCCUUUGGCAGGACGGCUCUUCUUCUGAGCGGAGGAGCUUCUCUCGGUGCUUUUCACGUUGGUGUGGUCAGAACCCUGGUUGAGCAUAAGCUGUUACCAAGGAUAAUCGCUGGUUCUAGCGUUGGAUCCAUCAUGUGUUCGGUUGUGGCAACCAGGUCUUGGCCCGAGUUGCAGAGUUUCUUCGAGGAUUCUUUCCACUCGUUGCAAUUCUUCGAUCAGUUGGGUGGAAUCUUUUCAAUCGUGAGACGGGUUAUGAUACAGGGAGCUGUUCAUGAUAUCAGACAGUUGCAAUGGCUGCUUAGAAACCUCACUAGCAAUCUGACAUUCCAAGAAGCAUACGACAUGACAGGAAGGAUACUCGCUAUAACAGUUUGCUCCCCGAGAAAGCAUGAACCCCCCAGGUGUCUUAACUACUUGACUUCGCCUCACGUCGUUAUAUGGAGCGCAGUCACUGCUUCAUGUGCCUUCCCUGGACUCUUUGAAGCUCAGGAGCUGAUGGCUAAGGACCGAAGUGGAGAUCUCGUCCCAUAUCAUCCACCUUUCAAUCUGGAACCGGAAGAAGGGUCCGGGCCAUCUGUACGUCGAUGGAGAGACGGUAGCUUGGAGAUCGACUUGCCCAUGAUGCAGCUGAAGGAACUUUUUAACGUUAACCAUUUCAUUGUUAGCCAGGCUAACCCUCACAUUGCUCCAUUGUUGCGUCUCAAGGAUUUUGUUCGAGCUUACGGAGGCAGAUUUGCAGCCAAGCUUGCUCAUCUCGUGGAGAUGGAGGUAAAACACAGAUGCAACCAGGUAUUAGAACUAGGGUUUCCACUCGGUGGGCUUGCAAAGCUGUUUGCUCAAGAGUGGGAGGGUGAUGUCACAGUUGUUAUGCCUGCAACACUUGCUCAGUACUCGAAGAUCAUACAGAACCCUACGCAUGUUGAACUUCAGAAGGCAGCCAACCAGGGAAGGAGAUGCACUUGGGAGAAGCUUUCUGCCAUUAAAGCAAACUGUGGGAUCGAGCUUGCUCUUGACGAGUGCGUCGCCAUUCUCAACCACAUGCGCCGCCUCAAAAGGAGUUCGGAGAGGGCUGCAACCGCCGCCUCUCAUCAUGGAUUAGCCAUGACAACCAGGUUUAACGCUUCGAGAAGAAUCCCGUCAUGGAACGUGAUUGCUCGAGAGAAUUCGACGGGUUCGUUAGAAGAUCUCUUCGUGGAAUCCUCCUCUAACAAUCACCAGGCACCAUCUGGUCGGUCUUUAAGGAACCACCAUGGCCACGACGGAAGUGACAGUGAAACCGAGAGUGUGGACUUGAGUUCUUGGACAAGAUCUGGUGGACCCUUGAUGAGAACCGCGUCUGCAAACAUGUUCAUCGACUUCGUACAGAAUCUCGACAUCGACAUUGCUCUGACCAGAGGAUUCACGAGCAGUCCAAACUCGCCUGCUGUUCCCCCGGGAACUCGGGAACCGUUUAGUCCGAGCUCCCCUUCCAAUGGUUCGAGCAUUACGGUUACAGAAGGCGAUCUUCUUCAGCCGGAAAGAACCGACAAUGGGUUCGUGCUAAACGUUGUCAGAAGAGAAGAUUUGGCGAUGUCGGUGAGGAACCAGGAGGCGAUGAGUCGUACGGAACCGCCGGAAAGUGUACAUCUGGAUAUCCCGGAGAAGGAGACCGAUGACAGCUCUGUGUCGGAACACGGACAAGACGAAGAAGAAGACGAUGAUGAGAAGAGCACAGGGAAAAUAUCCUCUCCGGUGGAUUCGAGAGUAGAAGAACCAGAGACGAGGAAAAGUGUUUUAGAUUGAUUGAUUUUGUGAAAUGUAUCUGCAGAUUCUCACUGAUUCUUGUUUUGAUUGUACAGUUAUGUGUUUAUGUUAAGAUCCUGAUAGUUUGAAUAAUCUUGUCUUUAUACUAUAUAUAUAUAUAUA